AUGGACGCUCACGCAUCCUGGAAGAAGCCGCGAGUCAUCCUGAGGCAGGGAUGGUUCGUGAACGAGAAGACCAUUUUUGGCCAGCCUUCUUCCAGCUACGCCCUGGCCGUGGAGGAUGGGGAGGUCUUGUUCUGGACGGAGGAGCAGUGGUGGAAGAUGACGAACGAGCAUCCGCUGAUGAUGAUGGAGAUCUCGAAGGCCGUGAUGCGACAGCAGGGAGAGCAUCACUUCCACCGAGAUCCGGAGAAGUUGCGAAGGCCCUCCGAGUUGAGCAUGGAUGACAUCGACACCGAGGGGCUGAUGAGACGCGAGGUGUCCGCGUCAGAAAUCGAGGCCGUUGCGGAGGAGGAAGACUCCGAGGAGGAGGAGCUGAUGAUCCCAGACGAGAACCCCGAGGAUGAGCUGCUCCCCCCGACCACCUACACCUCCAACGCCUCCAUCGGCUCGUACGUCUACCAGUCCAAGGGCGUCACGCGCUUCAACAAGUCCGUGCUCUGCACCCCCAUCGACUUGGGAGAAACAUUCGAACGCGAGGAGCUGAAGAAGCUGCCCCAGCUUCAGACAAGGAUUAUGGAGGUGCACUUCGCCCGGGCGCUGGGUGAGCAGGGCUUCUUCAGGAAAACCGGAGAUCCUGGCUACCUUCCAGACCUGCCCAAGAUUUUAAGCGAAGACCUGCGCCUCGCCUAUUUCACCUUCGCGGAAAAGACCGACACGACUGGAGAUUCGCAGGGCAAGAUCAUCGUGCCUGCCAGUCGCGUGAUUGAUGCCCUUAUGUACGUCGGCAUCUUCCACAUCUUGCCUGAGGAAGUCAACCAGAAGGACGUGACACUCGAUGAGUUCUUGGCAUUGGGUCGCGAGUGCCACCUGGCUCGGCUGCUGCCAGAGCAGAUGCAGAAGAUCGAGGAUCUGUGCGUUGACCAUGAGCACAUGGUGAACGGUGAGAUGCAGCUCCGAGUGGCGGAUGUGUCGCACAUGCUUAAGAUGCUCUUCGGUAUCUACCUGGACUUUGCCAUCAAUGAUGCUGCGCCUAGCCUGAAUCUGCUUGACCACUGCCUUCGAGAGCAGCCUAAGAUUUGA